AUGGCUGGCAUUACAACCGCGACGUUGAAACCUGCGGCGUUCGAUCACCUUGACCUCGAUCCUACCAAGAGUGAAUCCUCCGGAGACGAGGUCGAUUGGACAGAGGCAGAGGAAACCGCCAUAAGAAGGAAGAUUGAUCGACGCAUUGUCCCUCUCGUCACCGUGCUAUACCUCUUUUGUUUCCUCGACCGCGCCAAUAUCGGAAAUGCCAGAAUUCAGGGCAUGGCCACCGACCUCAACCUCGUCGGCUAUCGCUUCAACUGGGCUCUUAGCGUCUUCUACAUCAUCUACCUACUUGUUGAGGUGCCCAGUAACAUUCUCCUGAAACAUGUCGGUCCCCGGUAUUACAUUCCCGGAUUGGUAUUCGGAUUCGGAUUCGUAUCUAUCUGCACGGCAUUCGUGAAAAACUUCAACGAGCUGUGCGUGGCAAGAGCAUUCCUGGGUGUUUUUGAAGGAGGCACCAUGCCCGGAAUUUCCUUCUUCCUCAGCACGUUCUACAAGCGACGAGAACUGUACUUCCGCAUCGGCAUUUUCAUCUCAGCUGCAUCGAUCGCUGGAGCUUUUGGAGGUCUGUUUGCGACAGCCUUAGCCCGCAUUCCGCGCUGGGGGACCGAGUCUACACCUAUCCAUACCUGGAGGAAUAUCUUCUUCUUCGAAGGAUUGUUGACAUGCCUCCUUGCCGCUGGAGCUCCCGCACUGAUGCCGUCAAACCCACUAACAUGCAAGUUCCUCACCGAACGAGAGCGUCAUAUCGCCCAUGAGCGCUUGAUCCGGGAGCACCGAGCUGACCCGAUGGAGAAAGUCCAGUGGCAUCACAUCAAGGCCGCUAUUUUCAACAUCAACAACAACCUUGCAGCUUUCGGAUUCUUCCUGAUCAACAUUACCGUACAAGGCCUGUCCAUCUUCAUGCCAACCAUCUUGGCAGAUCUCGGCUGGACCGCAACAAAGGCCCAACUGUACUCGGUGCCACCCUACGUGGCCGCUUGCCUGAUCGCAAUUUUGAUCGCUUAUAUCAGCGACAAGACUCGUCGGCGUGGCAUCUACCUCGCCUUGGCCACUUUCCUGCCCAUCGCCGGCUUUUCGAUCCUCAGAUGGAGCACGAACUCCAAUAUCCGCUAUAUGGCUGUCUAUUUCAUCACAACGGGUGCCUUCCCUGGCGGGCCUGGAUUCCUGUCAUGGGGGAUAAACAAUUCUGCUGGCCCGGCGGUACGAGCCGUUGCCACUGCGUGGAUUGUGUCGAUUGGAACGCUAGGCGGAGUACUUGCUACAUGGACAUACCUCAUUCGCGACGCCCCGCGGUACCCUAUCGGUCACAGCAUCAACCUUGGAGCUCAGGUCAUUGUGCUUUGCGUCGCUACCUUUGGCAUCGUAUAUAACAUGCGUGAGAACAAGGUCAGAGAUCAGGGUAAGAGAAAUCACCGGCUGGAUGGGUUGAACGACGCGGAGAAGCGAGACCUUGGCCACAAGCAUCCGGACUUCAGGUACAUCCCUUGA